AUGGGUUCAAGUGAGCUUUCAGAUGCUCUGAAUCCUUAUUAUACCCAGUCUAGAAAUCAGACAUCCUCACUUCAGCCUGUAACACAGUCUCCCCAACUUCAUGUCACUCUUCCAGAAAACCAAUGCCACCAACAAUCACCGGUGACAAGAGCCAGACCCUCACCAGGUGGUCUCCAAGCUGUACAGGAACUACUACGAAUUGUUUCUGCAACCCGGGAGGCUCAGGAAACGGAACGGGAACGUCGAAUAGCAUGGGAGAAGGAACAAGAAGUUAAACAAAGUCAGAGGCAAGCGGAGUUGGAGAGGCAAGUUUUAGAACUCAAACAAGAGGUUCUAUUUCUACGACAAACCGUGAACUCGCAUUCAACAUCUCCUACACCAGCAACCCGUUCCCAGCCCUCGCAUCUGUCGACCCCAAUAUCCCCUACUGGUCAUAUUAACAACACUAAUUUUCAGCCCAUCUUUAUGCAAGGCUCUUCUUCGCGACCUUUGCAACAAGCCAGUCCACCAUACUUGAACGAUCACGGUGACCAACUUACGAUAAAUCAACAUCAUUCUCCAGGAAUGAGAGAGAGAACCUCCUCUCUCUCUGUAACACCUGCACCCUCACCCGGUCUAAACGGGUCGACAGGCCCCUCCACUCAAACAACUUCCCGUCGAACUCCGCCUGCCAAGUUGAAGAAGAGACGGAGAUCAGUCUCAAGCUCAUCAUCCAGCGAUCACCACCGUGAUUCGGACUCGGAUUCCUCUUAUACUCGUGCUCCUAAACGCCGAAGUCAUCAUGACAAACGUUGUCUUACUGUUCACCACGCAAUGCGCCUCCAUAUCAUUCGUCUCAUGGGGUUGGAGAGUGACAAGAACCUCCCAGACAGUCAUCCCGAAGGUCAAACAUUGGAUCCGAUUGACCCUGUCCGUUUUGUAUGGGAUAAGACGACGAAGCAAUCGGUCCACAACGCUCGAAUGAAGACUCGCAUUAUGGAAGACCUGAAAGAGAAUCGACGGCGGCUCUAUAAACACGUGCCUGACCGUGACUUCAGCAAGAAAAAUUUGGAAUCCACAUUUGACCAGUGUUUUACUACAUUGCGUCAAAAAUAUAAAGCCCAGAAAGACGACGCACUUGCUGAAUAUCAACGAUUACGGGACACCACGAAGGCUCUCAAGGCUCGAAGGCUCGCAAGAAGAAAGGCGAAGUUGGAUAGUCGCGCCAGUGCACGUUUAAGAGUCUCCGCAUUUGAACAUCCAAUUUUUGAUCAUGCUUUCGAGCUUGAGUGCAUGUCCUCAGAAGAGUCUGAUGUAGACCCCGAUUCUUCUCAGUCGAAGCAUUUGGUCACCCGAGGACUUGCAUGGCGCAGUCGACGUCUUGUGAAGUUCUAUCAGGCAUUAGAUACUGAAGAUAAAAUAUCAGGUGCGUCAGCCAAACAAAAGCGAGGGGUGGGCAAGUAUGAUCGUGCUGCUGGGGCUCCCAAGGAGGGUUUUCAGUUACCCCCCAAAGGUGUGGCGAUGUGGAUGGUUAGUCAAAACUGGUUGAUUGAGAGUCAGGUUGAUCGCCCUGAUUUACCUCAAGUCCUUCAAAAACUGGUGGAAGAUUCUCCAGACUUCGACUGGCAGACAUUAGGAGAACUUGGUGAAGCGAGUGACGAGGAACAACAUGUCAAUCCGACGUUACCAGUUCAGUUACCUCCCCAACAUUACGAGGGUUCCUCCUUACAAUAUGCGUUUGUUCAGUAA